CGAGCACGACAGUUCACAUAUUUUCCAUACGAAAUUCAAUUAUAGGAGUAUUAGCAAAACAAUGUCACGAACGGUCGAUAUCCCUCAGGACGUCCUCGACGCUCUCAAGCAGUUCCGAUUCAAGAACAGCAAGGGGACCACUGCCAUCUCUGUCAAGAUCAUCAAGAACAGCUUGACCAUGGCUGUGGAUGAAGAGUUCGAGGGUCAAUCUAUCGAGGAAAUCGCUGAGGAACUGCCAGAGAAUGCCCCUCGAUAUGUCUUACUCUCCCACGAACUUAAACACAAGGAUGGCCGGAUAUCAUAUCCCCUUCUGUUGAUCAACUGGGCACCAACUACUUCGCCUAUUGAGCUUAUGACCCUCCACGCUUCUUCCCUCAGCUACUUCCAACAAGUUUCUGAAACUGCAAAAGUCCUUGAAGCGCGCGAUGGUGCCGAGGGGUUGACCACGGAAGCCGUCGAUGAGAAGUUGCUUUCCCAUUAGGGCAGCCUAUCCCUUUGCAACAAACGAUUUGAAAUGCACAGAUGUAACUGAGACAAAGGG